AUGAUAACACUUAUAAAUAAAGGAUUUGAUAUAAAUACAUCAGACUUCUAUGGUUGGACUCCUUUAGUCUCUGCUAUAUCAAAGCACGAUUAUCAAAUGGUUUUUUUCCUUAUUGACAAUGGAGCUAGUAUAGAUCAUAAACACAAUGAUGAAUAUAUAGUAUUAAAUGUAGCUCAUAAAGUCGGAUUUGAUAUCGAUUGUUUUAUGGAAUACUUGGAUAAUCAUUAUCAAACACUUAAUGUAAAAUAUAAAUCAAAUAAAAUUUUAUAUACAUCUAAAAAUGAAACUGAUAAAAACAUUAAAAAACUUGCAACAAAAUAUUGUUCUCUCUGCAAUGAAUAUAUUUCAUUAGAUUUUGAUGCAAAAUGGGAUGAACAUAUUGCCUCCAUUGUUCAUUUAAUGCACAAAAAUAAGGAAAGUAAAAGAAAUCCACAUUAUCAUUUGCCAGCAUCCAACAAAGGUUUUCAAUUAUUAUUGAAAAAUGGAUGGAAUCCAGAAAUGGGCUUAGGACCUGAAGGUCAAGGCAAAUUGUACCCAAUUAGAACUAAAAUUAAACAAGACAAAAAAGGUUUUGGCUAUCAAACUAUUAAAAAAUCUACUAAAGAAACACUUCAUAAUAAUUUUUCUAAUCUUGACAAUAUUAAUAAUAAUGGAUCAGACCAUUAUAAUAAUAUAAAGACAGUCAUUCAAAAACAAGAGGAAGACAAACAAAAGGAAUUAUAUUUUAGGAGAUUAUUAAAUGAUUGA